AGAAAAUAAAGUCCCAUUCAAGUAGAAACAACAUCCUGAUUGAUACUCAACACCAGUAUCUAACAGACGAAUACCUGGCAAGCGAACAUGUAUAUCAUUUUCAUAAAUAUAUAUCGUCAUUAUCAACCGACGCCUUGGUGGUUAAGCGUUAUCUCCCGUUGAUCAGUACUUCAUUUUGAUUUGAGCAGUCGUCAUUUGCAUGUCGAGAACUUCUAAACGGAACUUCAGAAUGGCAGGAUUUACACAAAGACACCGGUGUCCAUCGGUUACCGGCUGCAUGUUUCUGCUCGGAAUUGCCCUGCUUUGUGCAGAAACGAUAACAGCGCAAAGCACCACAGAUACUAGUUAUAGUAUGGCAACAACGGACGAGGCAAAUAUUACGUUAAACACAAGUAUGACCCCAACUAACGAAACUCCGGCAAAUCAGACAACUUCAAGUUUUUCAACCGAGGUAUCUACAACCAAUGCACCCUCACCGACGACGCCCAAUACCACCAUAAUCAUCACCCCCAUCACCACAAGAACGACAUCAACAUCUAAUAAUGACAUUGAUGGAAAGACGACCAACUCUAGUCAAGGAUCCGAAAAUAAUGACAAGAACGAUGAAUCUCCUACCGAGAAAAUAGGAUCCAUAGCUAUCGCAGGCUUGUGUCUGGUCAUCGUUGCUCUACUUCUCAUUGCAGUUAACGGAUAUGUGCUCUUCAAAUCAAAAAUAGGCUCAUGCACCUCAUGCAGCUCAAAACAAGGUAUGUUCCACGUCCUACAAAUGUCUUCCACCAAGAAGGACCCUGUCAAUGACGACGACGUCGAGGAUAACUUCGACGAGGACGCUGACGUCGACAGGAAAACCAACUCGUCGACUUCGUUGAACAAAGAGAGCCCCGCCGACCAGCCGGCUGAGCAGAACGGUGAUGUGCACGUGAAGGUCGAUGUCGAGGACACCGCAGAAUCUUCUAAGAACGAAACCGAUGACGUAGAUGCCAAGACACCCGUAGCAGAUGCCAAGACACCCGUAGCUGAUGUCGUUGACAAGAGCAACGAACCGGAAAACGAAGCCGAGAAGAGGAAUGAGACUGUAGUUACAGUCACCAUAGAGGGCGGUAAUGGAAACAAAAACGAGCCUUGAUAUUUUGUUCAGUGCUUCGCAUCUUGAGUUUGUUUCUAAUGGAAAACGCGAUAUCCAAAUGUAAAUCGGUCAAGGUUUCAGUACAGGGAUAGUGUUGAUGGUCUGCAGAGGAUGAUUUUUUUUCUCGCAAAGUUAUAACAGUUUGAUUGAUAUUAUUUUCUGCAUGUUUUGAGAUGACAUUAGUCCAAAUUGUAAGAAUAGAACCUUCGUGUGAAACUGGCUAUUUAGUUAAUUAUAUGGAAAUAACACUGAGUGUUCGUCAUGCAGGGUAUUUGAGUGUGUUCGUGAGCGUGGGGGUGGGGGGGG